UACUUGGGAGUUUCUUUCGUCUCUGUCGCUUUUAGGGUUUCAAACACUCAAAGGUACGCGACGCCAAUCUCCUUGUAUCUUCUCUCAAUUUUCCGUCAACUUUCCGUCCUUUUCUAUGCAGAUCUGUUUGGUCGGUGAGAGAAUAUGAGAAACGGUAAGAUGAGGCCCAUUUUCUGUGGAAACUUUGAGUUUGAUGCACGUCAGUCUGAUCUGGAGCGGCUUUUCAGAAAAUAUGGGAAGGUUGAUAGAGUGGAUAUGAAAUCUGGGUUUGCUUUUGUUUAUAUGGAUGAUGAGAGAGAUGCCGAGGAUGCAAUUCGGGGACUUGAUCGGAUAGAAUUUGGUAGAAAGGGACGCCGACUUCGUGUCGAGUGGACUAAGCAGGAACGUGGUGUUAGAAGGCCUGGGAGUUCUUCUAGAAAAUCUUCUGGUAAUUUAAGGCCUUCAAAGACCUUGUUUGUUAUCAAUUUUGAUCCUUACCAUACAAGGACAAGGGACUUGGAAAGGCAUUUUGAUCCACAUGGGAAAAUAUUGAACAUAAGGAUUAGAAGGAAUUUCGCGUUUAUUCAGUAUGAAACCCAAGAAGAUGCUACGAAAGCAUUGGAAGCUACAAACAUGAGCAAGCUGAUGGAUCGAGUUAUUUCAGUGGAAUAUGCAAUCAAAGACGAUGAUGACAGGAGAAAUGGAUAUAGCCCAGAUAGAAGCCGUGAUAGGUCACCUGGAAGAAGGCGAUCUCCAAGUCCCUAUAGGAGGGAGAGGGGCAGUCCUGAUUAUGGCCGUGGCCGUAGUCCAAGUCCCUAUAGGAGAGACCGAGCAAGCCCUGAUUAUGGCCGUGGCCCCAGCCCGAUCAACCACAGAAGGGAGAGAACUAAUUCUGAUUAUGGCCGUGGCCCUAGCCCUAGCCCUAGCCCUCGAAGAGAGAGGCCUAGUCCUGACCAAGGCCGUCGUGGACCCAGUCCAAGAGAGAAGGUUAGUCCUGAUUAUGGUCGUGGCCCCAGCCCAAGUCCUCGGAGAGAUAGGUUCAGCCCUGAGGAGGAGGGUCUUCGUGAACCCAGCCCAAAUUAUAAGCCUGAACUGAGGGACAGCCCGAAGUAUGCAGGAGAUGAAAGCCCCAUGCAGGAGAGAUACAGGAGUCGCUCACCCAUAGAACGGGAAAGAUCUCGGUCCUGAAUCACAUUGAGCUGAAAAACUUCCAACUGCUUCAUCUUUGGUAGUGAUAUGGAGUGUUGCCUUUGCUGCUGCUAGAUUUUCCAAUGCAACUGGCCUUGGAUGAAACUAUGACAAAAAAGGUUACUGGAAGGAUUGAUGUUGGAUGCUAGUCUAUGUUAGUUUUGUUGUUAGUAUGUCUCUUAAUAUGCUCUGAAUGUAGUGGAUACUAGUUUUUGUUGUAUUUUGAACCAGGAUAGCACAGCAAAAAACUUGCGACUUUUGAUUGAGAUCUUUAAAUCAGUAUUUUCCCGUUUACUUCA